AUGGCUACUAAGCUUCUUUUAUUGUUUGCUAUAUAUCGUUUAAUUGUGGUCGUUGGAUUAACACUGGACCCCAAUAAGCUUCUCCGGCUCGGAGUUGAAGGCCAGCUCAGCGUCCACCCAUCGGACUUGAAAACAGCUUCUUCAGAUUUCGGCGGUGUAAAAAGAGCUGAACCGGUGGCCGUCCUCCACCCGGCUUUGCCGGAGGACGUAGUCCAUCUUGUUAAAGCCGCCUACGAAUCGGCUCAUGGGUUCACCGUUUCGGCUAGAGGCCACGGGCAUUCCACAAAUGGGCAGGCUCAAACCACCAAAGGUGUGGUGAUUCAAAUGAGCCGGUCAAGGGUAAGCCGGAUUGACUCUAUCAACCCGACUUGGCCAAUGGUUUUGGAGAAGUUGAUGUAUGUGGAUGUGUGGGGUGGGGAGCUAUGGAUAGAUGUGCUGAGGUCCACGCUAAAGUAUGGACUUGCACCAAAAUCAUGGACUGAUUACUUGUACCUUUCUGUGGGUGGUACCCUCUCCAAUGGUGGAAUCAGUGGACAAGCUUUCAAUCAUGGCCCUCAGAUUAGCAAUGUCCAUGAGCUUGAUGUUGUAACAGGUAAGGGUGAGCUAUUGAGUUGUUCUGAAGAACAAAACUCAGAACUUUUCCAUGCUGUUCUUGGAGGUCUAGGCCAAUUUGGUAUCAUCACAAGGGCUAGAAUUACACUUGAGCUAGCUCCUCAAAGGGUGAGAUGGAUCCGAGUGUUGUAUUCCAACUUCUCGGCUUUUACCGAUGACCAGGAGUAUCUCAUCUCUCUUCAUGGACAGCCAGCUGCCGAAAAAUUCGAUUAUGUCGAAGGUUUUGUCAUUGUAGACGAAGGACUCGUUAACAACUGGAGGUCGUCUUUUUUUUCUCCUCAGAACCCUGUGAAGAUUUCCUCUCUUAAAGCUGGUGGAGGUUUGUUAUAUUCAUUGGAGAUCACCAAAAACUACGACGAAUCAAAUGCCGAUACUAUCGAUCAGGAAAUAGAGAUUCUACUGAAGAAAUUGAAUUUUAUACCAGCAUCAGUAUUUACAGCUGAUCUUCCUUACGUGGACUUCUUGGACCGGGUUCACAAGGCCGAGUUGAAGCUCCGGUCCAAGGGGCUUUGGGAGGUGCCACACCCAUGGGUCAACCUGUUUGUACCCAAGUCGAGGAUUGCUGACUUUAAUGAAGGAGUUUUCAAGGGCAUUUUGGGGAAUAAGUCCAGUGGGCCCAUUCUCAUUUACCCCAUGAACAAAAACAAGUGGGAUGAGAGGAGCUCAGUUGUUACACCAGAUGAGGAGGUGUUUUACUUGGUGGCAUUGCUCAGGUCUGCGCUAGACAAUGGAGAAGAGACACAGACGUUGGAGUACCUGAGCAAUCAGAACCGUCAGAUCCGAAGAUUCUGUGACGAAACAGGGAUCAACGUCAAGCAGUACCUACCUCACUACAACACAAGACAGGAAUGGAUGGACCACUUUGGUGAUAAGUGGGCACAAUUUUACCAAAGAAAAAUGGAGUUCGACCCCAGACGCAUAUUAGCCACCGGCCAACAAAUAUUUAAACCUUCUUUUAAAACUAAUACUGCUUCGCGGUGA